AUGGAGGUGGCGCACAGAUAUGUGAAGCAGCGACGCCAAUUUGGCCGGCACCCACACUUCACGGACCAGGGUGCAGAGCUGCUGCUCGACCUGCGGCCCAAUGAGGAGCACGCCAAGGCCUGGAUAGUCAAGCCGCAGACCACGGUGGCGGUGCAGGCCGCGCCAGACAUGUCGGAGCACGAGGCCAACACCACAGCUGUGGUGCUGGUCAACAGCGGCAUGGCUCACCUUGAGGGCGGGUGGCCCAAGGAGGUCGACCACACCGAGGCAGAGCAGGUGGUGCGGUGGCGGCGCAAGGUGGAGAAGGACGAGGACUACAUCAAGCAGGUGGUGCGGCUGGGGGCGGUGGUGGAGGAGCUGGUGAAGCAGAACAACGCGAUAGACAUCUACGAGACCUACUUUGAGGACCUGCCGCCGCAGCAGUUGUGCGAGCCGCCCUCCACCUGCACGCUGACCAUCCUGCGCGACCCUGCGGCCAUCAAGCGGGGCGCGCAGGCGCUGUCCUGGCACCCCGACGGCUCGGGGCGCCUGGCUGUGGCCUACAGCGUGCUGGAGUUCCAGCGCCAGCCGCCCGGCAUGCCCGCCACCAGCUACGUGUGGAAUGUGGCCAACCCCAGCGCGCCCGAGGCCAGCCUGGCAGCGCCUGUGCCGUUGGUCACGCUGGGGUUCAACCUCAAGGACCACAACCUCAUUGGCGCUGGGCAGUACAACGGCCAGGUCACCUUCUUCGACCUGUGCAAGGGCGCCGCCCCCGUGGACGCCUCCCCCGUGCAGCACAGCCACCACGCGCCGCUGCACGACUUUGCCUGGACGCAGUCCAAGGCGGGCAGCGAGCUGAUGAGCACCAGCACCGACGGCAGCGUGGCGUGGUGGGACCUGCGCAAGCUGGGGGAGCCGCUGGAGCGGCUGACGCUGCGGGAGCGGGGCGGGGAGGCGGUGCUGGGGGGCAUGUGCCUGGAGUACAGCCCGCCGGUGGGGCCCACCAAGUUCAUGGUGGGCACGGACCAGGGCACCAUCCUGGCCGGCAACCGCAAGGCCAAGCAGCCCGCAGACCGCAUCACCGCCUCGUACACAGGCCACCACAGCGCUGUCUACUCCCUCUCCCGCAACCCCUUCUUCCCCAAGUACUUCCUGUCGGUGGGCGACUGGACGGCGCGCGUGUGGAACGAGGACCUGCGCACCCCGGUGUCCACCACACCCUACGCCCCCUCGCACCUCACCUGCGGCGGGUGGAGCCCCAGCCGGCCCGGCGUGUUCUACACCACCAGCCACGCGGGCGUGCUGGACGUGUGGGACUACUACUUCAAGCAGCGAGCCCCGGUGCUGUCGGUCCGGGUGGCAGACAGGCCGCUGACGGCGCUGGCAGUGGCGAGCGGGGGCGUCGGCCAGGCGCAGCGGCUGGCGGGCGUGGGGUGCGCCGACGGCGGCGUCACGCUGCUGCAGCUGUCGCGGGGGCUGGUGGAGAUGCAGGACAACGAGAAGGUGGUGAUCGGCUCGAUGCUGGAUAGGGAGACGAGCCGUGAGAAGAACCUGGAGAAGAAUGCCAAGGAGGCGCGGGCCAAGGCGCGCAAGGAGGCGGCACGCACCGCAGAGCCACUGGACCACGUCACAGACGAGGACCUGGCAGAGCUGGAGCGGCAGUUCUUCGAGAUGACUGCAGGCUCGGACACAGAGUGA